AUCCGAGUCCUCUCCAGAAGCUGUGAAUGGGAACAGAUCUUCGUAGUUGGUGCUGUGAGCGCAUCUCGCCAAUUUUGCGCGAACGAGCAGAGCGCACAAGCAGCUUCUAAUCAGCCACCCUCAGAUGUUCCACCAAAGUGAAUGGACUUCUACUGGAUAUUUUUUUAAUAAACACAUAUCAACUGUGCUGUAAAACCACUUCAAUGUUCUGGAUUUGGUUGAUUUUUAGGAUCUACAAGGCUGCGCGUUAAAGUGGCCAUGGCGCAUUUUACGCACUGCAGGUAACCGGUGUUUUGGGGGUUCAGACAGAAAAAAAAAACAUGGAUUAAACAUCAGCUGUUCUUUUUUAACCUCUGGUGAGCUCAAAUGGCGGCACUUCGUAGGAAAUUUGGAGAAGACUACCAGGUGGUGAACACAAACCGGGCUACCACUUUUUCCGCUCCGGUUAAAAAGAAACGCCAGCGCUUCGUGGAAAAGAACGGUCGGUGUAACGUGCAGCACGGAAACCUGGGUGGAGAGACCAGCAGGUACCUCUCUGACCUCUUCACCACUUUGGUAGACCUAAAGUGGAGAUGGAACCUGCUCAUAUUCAUCCUCACCUACACUAUCGCAUGGUUGGUCAUGGCAUCAAUGUGGUGGAUCAUCGCUUACAUCAGGGGGGACUUAAAUCACGGACACGAUUCAUCCUAUACCCCCUGCGUGGCAAAUGUUUACAACUUCCCUUCAGCUUUUUUGUUCUUCAUCGAAACAGAAGCCACGAUCGGUUACGGUUACCGGUAUAUUACAGAGAAAUGUCCUGAAGGUAUCAUCCUGUUCUUGUUCCAGUCUCUUUUGGGUUCCAUAGUGGACGCGUUUCUCAUCGGCUGCAUGUUUAUUAAAAUGUCCCAACCCAAGAAGCGCGCAGAGACGCUCAUGUUCAGUCAGGACGCGGUGAUUUCUCAACGGGAUGGAAAGCUGUGCCUCAUGUUCCGUGUGGGAAACCUGCGGAACAGCCACAUGGUGUCUGCUCAGAUUAGGUGCAAACUCAUAAAGUCUCGUCAAACUCCCGAAGGCGAGUUCCUGCCUCUGGAUCAGUGCGAGCUGGACGUUGGCUUCGGAACCGGCGCAGACCAACUCUUCCUGGUGUCGCCUCUUACCAUCUGCCACGAAAUCAAUCCCAAGAGCCCUUUCUUCGACUUGUCCCAGCGCUCCCUGAUGAACGAACAGUUCGAGAUUGUCGUCAUCCUCGAGGGCAUCGUGGAGACCACUGGUAUGACAUGCCAAGCACGGACGUCGUAUACGGAGGAUGAGGUUUUAUGGGGCCACCGUUUCCUGCCUGUGAUGUCUCUGGAGGAAGGCUUUUUCAGAGUAGACUACUCUCAGUUCCACAGCACAUUUGAGGUACCGACGCCGCCGUACAGCGUUAAAGAGCACGAAGAGAAAAACUCACUGCCCUCACCAUUAUCCACUCCCACCCCCGCACUGACUGAAAGCCAUGGCGCCCGCCGUGACCGGGUGUUUUCUGUAGACUGCAUCAACACUUCAGAGGAAAAGAGCCGUCACGGGGGGACCGGGGGUCGGCUUCCUAGCAAACUGCAGAGGAUGAGUUCAUCUGGGAAGGAGGACCUGCAGAGGAAGGUGCUCCUGCUCAGCUCCCAGCAUUCGGAGAAGGCCUGCAGCACCGGAGACCUGCCCCUGAAGCUCCAGCGCCUCAGCUCCUCGUCUGGGCCCGAAGCUGAGAAUCGACUGCAACUCAAGUCUCUCAAGGUGGGCUUCGAACCCAUGACCCAGUCUACGGGAGAUCUUUACCAGCACAGCCUACCGCCGACGCUGUCUCCGUCCCCGUCUCCGGUCCCAAUGCACAGCCCGUUACUCUCAUCCGGAGGCCGACCGGAGGACAACCUGCCUGCGAAACUACGCAAGAUGAACGCCGACCGCUGAAGCAGACCGCAGGAGACGUGCAUGGAAACAAAUUCAGAGAUCUACUUUACCUUGGAAGCUUUGUUAGGAAAAAAAAAAAAAAGAGACAUUUUAUCAGUUUGUUGUUUUCAUGAGAUACAACUUUUACUGGAAUUACUGUGAUUUUUUUGUGUUUCAUAGCAGAGACAGUCAUGCAGGCUUUGUUACACAUAAAACAACAGCACACAGACUUCAUGCUUUAUGUGAACUUGAUCAUUCUGCAAGAGUUGUGCAUGUAUACACUAAAUCCAUUGUUUAAUGUAUGCACCACCACACUAAAUAGUCAAUCUUAGUUUAUGAAUUAUAAAUUAUAUUAAGAUGAUAAUAAAUGCUCUUUGAUAUUUCU